CUCCCUUAAUCCUACAUUCUGGGUUACUGCACCGACGGGAUGCUCAACCGUGGGUAUGCCAUAAGCCUGGACAUCACCAUGGCUACCCAAACCCAAGAACCCGUCAAGAUAUAAAAGCACGUCUUCUCGCUACCGAACUGAUCAUCAUCAUCGAUCGACCACUCCCUCAUCGAGCAUCCCUUCGUUGUAUCUUCCACACGUCCAUCCCUUCCCAGGUCUGCAGUACCACCACCUCCCAACCGUCAAAAUGGUCAACUUCAACACUCUCUUCGUCGCGGCCUCCGCUGUCGCCGGUGCCUUCGCUGCUCCCACCACCACCGACCUCGCCAAGCGCGAUGAGCACACCCUCGCCGUCCGUGCCGGAACCCCCAGCUCCACUGGCUGGCACAACGGCUUCUACUACUCCUGGUGGACCGACGGUGGCUCCCAAGUGACCUACACCAACGGACCCGGCGGCCAGUACAGCAUCCAGUGGGGCUCUGGCGGCAACUUCGUCGGUGGUAAGGGAUGGAACCCCGGAAGCGCCCGCACCAUCAACUACUCGGGCCAGUACAACCCCAACGGCAACUCGUACCUGGCCGUCUACGGCUGGACCACCAACCCCUUGGUCGAGUACUACGUCGUCGAGAACUUCGGCACGUACAACCCCUCGACGGGUGCCCAGAACAAGGGCAGCCUCAACGUCGACGGCGGCAACUAUCAGCUCCUCCAGAGCACCCGCUACAAUGCCCCCUCCAUCGAGGGCACCCGGACCUUCAACCAGUACUGGUCCGUCCGCCAGAACAAGCGCACCGGUGGCUCCGUCAACAUGGGCGCUCACUUCAACGCUUGGGCCCAGGCUGGCAUGCGCCUUGGUACCCACAACUACCAGAUCGUCGCUACCGAGGGUUACUUCAGCUCCGGCAGCGCCACCAUCACCGUCUACGGCCCGUAG